AUGGAAUUAAGCACGUUUUCCCCUGAAAAUCUGUGCCAGUUAGGUGCAAGACCACUGGUGGACCUUACAUUAGCCGAUGAACAACAUGAGCUGGGUGUGGAUGGAGCAUUGGAAAUUUUUAAGAGACGUUUAUUUCAAGUGUUGGAGAAAAUGCAGUUUUACGAGGUGAGUGAGAAUAAAGUUGUUUUUGAUGUAGAUUUUUAA